CGUGUCCGAGAUGGCGAGCGUGCUGUCCAGGCGUCUGGGGAAGCGCUCCCUGCUAGGCACCCGUGUCUCUGCCCCCGGCGCCUUGGCUGACGGGGUGCUGGUGGCCACCCAGAUCCACGCGGUGCCACGAGAGGACAGAUCCUGUGUGCCGUCAGUGGAGGAGAGCAGCCAGGCACCCAGGUUCCCCAGCCCUGGCCACCGGCAGCUCAACGCUGGGCAGCAAGUCCUUGUCACCUACAACGGGCAGGAGUGCGCUGGCCUGGUGGAGCAGCACAACCCGCUGAGCGACAAGGUGAAGGUGCUGCUGCCGGAGCAGGGCUUGCAGGCGUGCUGGAGGGUGCAGGAUGUCCCUGCCGAGGUGCUGCAGAGAUCCGUAUCCAGCAAUAUCGAUGUACCCAAGAGGAAAGCCGACGCCGCUGUGGAGAUGGACGAGAUGGUGGCAGCCAUGGUGCUGACGAGCCUCUCCUAGCCCGUGGUGCAGAGCCCUCCCGCCGGCGAGAGCGGCAUCCCGCCCUCACGGGCAGCGUGCGAUCCCUGGAAGGAGAGCGGUGACGUUUCGGACAGCGGCAGCAGCACCACCAGCGGGCACUGGAGCGGGGGCAGCGACAUCUCCACCCCUUCGCCCCCCCACCCUGCUGGCAGCCCCAAGUACUCCAGCGAGGCCCUGAGCUCCCCCCAGGCAGAUGACGGCUUCGAGACUGACUCCGACCCCUUUCUCCUCGAUGAACCUGCUCCGCGCAAGAGAAAGAACUCGGUGAAGGUGAUGUACAAGUGCCUGUGGCCGAGCUGCGGCAAGGUCCUGCGCUCCAUCGUCGGCAUCAAGCGGCACGUCAAGACCCAGCACCUCGGGGACGGUGCAGACUCCGACCAGCGGAAGCGGGAGGAGGAUUUCUACUACACCGAAGUGCAGGUGAAGGAAGAGCCGGCACCGGAGGUGGCUGCUGCCACCAGCCCCACGUCCGCGUCUGCCCCCAUCAUCAUCCAGCAAGCCCUGGCGAAACCGGAGGCGCUGCUGGUGGAGCAGCCGGCACUGGAGCCCGCCCUGGCCAGCAGCGCCCUGAGCCAGUCUGCCCCCAGCUCCUUCUGGCACAUCCAGGCUGAUCACGCCUACCAGGCGUUGCCCUCGAUCCAAAUUCCAGUGUCCCCCCACAUCUUCACCAGCAUCAGCUGGGCUACUGCCACCUCGACUCUCCCGUCCCUGUCACCGGUGCGGAGCCGGUCGCUCAGCUUCAGCGAACCCCAGCCACCGACGCCGAUGCUCAAGUCCCACCUGAUCGUCGCCUCGCCACCCAGGGUGUCCAUCGGCACCAGGAAAGUCCGCGGUGAAGCCAAAAAGUGCCGUAAGGUGUAUGGCAUCGAGCACCGGGACCAGUGGUGCACGGCCUGCCGGUGGAAAAAAGCCUGCCAGCGCUUCCUGGACUGAGCGCAGCACUGCGGUGCUGCGUCCCUCCCCUGCUCCUGCCCGGGGAGCACUGGAGUCCCUCACUGCUGCAACCAGGGACCUUGGAGGUACCUCCUGUGACCCCAGAAGACACCUCCAGAGCUGCGUGUAAAUUCUUCCUUCUGUAUAUUGUACAUCUGCUGGGUUUGCUCUUUUUUUAAAAAAACUUUUUCCAACUUUUUUUAAA